UUAUUUUUCAUAGGGUGACAAAAUUUACCACACGCACUGUACAUAUUUUACAUAAAAUUACUUUUUUUUAAGUAAUAAACUUUGAGAAUCAAUACAAAUCUUGUUGAAUCCUUCCUUUAUAUACAUCCAUCCAUCCGUCGUAUUAUGUCCACUUUCUCAAAGAACCUUUUUGACGUCCUUGGCGAUGGUGAAAUCCCUCGUCCUGAAAAGGAAGAAAAGCCUCAAGAAGUUGUAGUUGACAAGAAGAAUGUUUCCAAGAUUAGCAAGGAUGCUUCUCGUGCUAAUAGAGUUAACAAGGGUCGUCAAAAUGGUCGUCAACGUGGUCGUCAAUUCGACCGUCAUUCCGGUACUGGUAUUGUUGAUACUCAAAAGAAGAUCAAUAAGGGUUGGGGUAAGCCAGGUCAAUCUGAAGCUGAAGCCGCUAAGGAUGCCCCCGAAGCUCCUGAAGCUGAGGCUGCUGCUGCUCCCGUCGAGGAACAAGAAAAGGUCAAGACCCUCGAUGAAUACUUGGCUGAAAAGGCCAACAAGUCCUUGAAGGUCUCUCUUCCUGAAGCUCGUAAGGCUAACGAUGAUGAUGCUUCUGCCUUUGAAGGUGCUGUUGUUGUCAGCAAGCAAGAAGUUGAAGAAUACUAUGUUGGUCAAGUUGCUCAACCCAAGAAGUCCAAGUCUCAAACCACUGAAAAGGCUCCUCGUAAGGUCUUUGUUGAAAUUGAACAACGCUUCCAAGAGAAGCCUCGUUCUGAUUUCCGUAACAACAGACGUAAUGGUGGUGGUCGUCGUAACGGUGGUAACCGUCGUGGUGGUAAUGGUAAGAAGAAUGCUGCCGCUCCUGUUAUCAACCUCCAAGAUGCUUCCGCUUUCCCUACUCUUGGUGCUACUGCUUAAAAAAAAAGAAGUUAGAUUUCUUAAAUUAUAUAGAAAAAUAAAUGGUUUUCGUUUAACUUGGACAAAUAA